AUGGUUAAUAGAUACCAGGAUGCAGACGAAGUAAUUCAUAGGGUUAGGCGAGAAAACAUGAUGGAAAAUGACUUAACUACUAUGAUAGAGAGAAUCAUGGCCCAGAAUGGUCUGAAUACAGGACUUCGACGGUCAAAUUAUUCCUCUCCUUUAUCAGAAUACGUCCUACAAACUGAAUUACCAAGGGGUUGUAAAAUCCCUAAGUUCACCAAAUUCUUAGGGGAUACUAGUGAAUCCACUAUAGAAUACAUAGCCAGAUACAUGACUGAGGCAGGGGAUUUUGCAAACAGUGAGAACCUAAGAAUGAAAUAUUUCCCCAGUUCUUUAACGAAGAAUGCCUUCACGUGGUUUACAACUUUGCCACCAAAUUCCAUAGAUACUUGGCCUCAUUUGGAAAGAUUGCUUCAUGAACAAUUCUACAUGGGCCAAACUAAGAUAAGUCUUAAGGAAUUAGCCAGUAUCAAAAGAAAAUUCACUGAACCUAUAUAUGAUUAUCUGAAUAAGUUCCGUUUAUUGAAAUCUAGAUGCUUUACAAUAGUGCCUAAACAUGAGUUGGUCGAAAUGGCCGCUGGAGGUUUAGACUAUUCCAUUAGGAAAAAGUUAGAUACCUAG